UGCAGAAAUCUCACGUGUCGUGCCCAAGUCCCAGCCUCCCUCUCAACACAGAGGGAGAGAAACAGAGAGUGAGAGGAAGAACACCCAAAGAGGAGGAACAAACCAAACAAAAGGGCUUGGUUCUUUGGGUGACGCUUCUCAGAGGAAACGAUAUCGUCGUUGGGAAAGUGAUUCUUCCACUGCUUUGCUCCCAAAAAUCCAUCUUUUCAAAAGGAACCGGAGCUUAGACACUAAUGUGUAAGGUGGACACCAUCCAUGAGGGAUCUGCCCCUGUUUCCAAGGAAGUUUCCCAAACGAUUCCUCCGUGGCCUGGUCCUGUGACAAACAAUUUUCAUAAGCGGUUAUCAAUUGAUGGAUCACCACAAAGGGGGUACAGCUGUGUUUCUACAGCAACAAAAGAUUCAUGGGAGCGCCUCUUUGAUGAAGGUUAUAGAGCAGAUGUUUCUGUUAAUACUGAUGAUGGUGGCAUUAUCUAUGCCCAUGCUAACAUUCUUGGCAUGGCUUCCCCUGCAAUGAAAGGCUUGUUGAAGCAAUCAAGCCGGUUUCGUCGUCAACGAUCAAUCUCAAUUCUUGGAGUUCCACAUGACGCAGUCCGAGUUUUUAUUCGAUUCUUGUAUUCUUCCUGUUAUGAAAAAAGGGAAAUGGAGGAGUUUGUCCUGCACUUGUUAGUGCUUUCUCAUGUCUACUUGGUUCCUCAGUUGAAGCAAGAGUGUGAGAAGAAGCUGGAGCAUGGCUUGCUUACCACAGAGAAUGUAGUUGACAUAUUUCAACUGGCAUUACUGUGUGAUGCCCCUCGACUUAGCCUCAUUUGUCACCGUAUGAUCCUGAAGAACUUUAAAACUGUUUGUACAACUACAGGAUGGAAAGUGAUGAAGAAGAGUCACCCUGCAUUAGAAAAGGAGCUCGUGGAGUCCAUGAUUGAAGAAGAUAAUAGGCAAAAGGAGAGGAUAAAAAAAUUAAAUGAGAGGAAAAUAUAUUUGCUAUUAUAUGAGGCAAUGGAGGCUCUUGUUCAUAUAUACAAAGAUGGUUGUCAAACAAUUGGACCAUCUGAUAAGGACUUUAAAGAGAACCAGGCUCCUUGUAAGUAUGUAGCCUGUAAAGGACUGGAAUUGCUGGUUCGUCAUUUUGCUGGUUGUAAGUUGAGAGUCCCUGGUGGUUGCAUUCAUUGCAAGAGGAUGUGGCAGCUGCUGGAGUUACACUCCCGCCUUUGUGCUAAUUCCCAUACCUGCAGGGUUCCUUUGUGCAGGAAUUUUAAGGAGAGAAUUAAGAAACAGAGUAAGAAAGAUGAGAUUAGGUGGAAAAUGUUAGUGAAGAAGAUUUUGAGAACAAAGAGAAUCGCGGGAGCACCGUUCAUUUCAUCAGCAAAGGCCAGCUCUUUGUGGCAAUGAAGUCUUUGUUCCAGCGGAACCUGAUUUAGUUGUACAUUUGCUGUGAUUAAACCAGUGUUCCUUUGUAUCUCAAUCUGUAAUUUAUAAAAAGCAGAGAAUCACUUCCUGUCUGCUCAAGAAAUUCCGGAAUCCCGGUUAACUCACAAAUAUAAAGACUUCAAUAUA